AUGAGUCCUGAAAGUAGUCAGAAUAAAUACCUCGCAAAGAACGGAAAAGAUAUAAAUAAAUUGGAGGAAGUGAUAACAGAUCUAAUUUCAAAGUUUUAACCAGAGGAUAAAUAGUUUGAAGAGGAAUUCUUUAAGUAUGCUUAAGCUUACCAAAGUGAGAUAAAUAGCUAAUAAGAUAUUGUAAUGUCCUAUCCAAAAAAUCAAAAGAAAUUUGUUGAAAGAUAUGAGUAGUUUAAAUAUAGCUUUCCUCAAAAGAUGAAAGACCAGUUUGGUGAUUUUAAAAUGAUGCUGUUUCUCAAAAGAUUUCAUUGGAAGAGGUUAAAAAUUCUGAAUAUUAAGUUUGAAAUGGUGUCUUAUCUUUACUAGGGAGGAAAAUCCGAUUUGUUAAAAAUUGACCUGAAAUUCAAUUAAUUUUGA